AUGGAUUCAUUUUAUUUCUGCUUCAGCCUCUUCUUCAUCAUCCUCUGCAGAGCAGAUGGAUACGAGUAUUACACUUCAUCCCGCUGCCUGUUUAACUCCACUGAGCUGCGGGACAUAGAGUACAUCAGAUCUUACUAUUACAACAAGACAGAGUAUGUCAGGUUUAGCAGCAGUGUGGGGAAGUUUGUUGGAUACACUGAGUACGGUGUCAGGGAGGCAGACCAAUGGAACAAAGACCAGGGACAAAGAUCCUGGACAAGAAAGGGACAGCUCGCUGCAAUGAGAGCUCAGAAGGAGACGUACUGCAAGCCAAAGAUUGACUUCUGGUACCAAAGUGUUCUGACAAAAGCAGUGAAACCCUCAGUCAGACUUCACUCCAUACCCCCUGUUUAUCUUAAUCCGGCCAUAUUGGUCUGCAGCGUCUAUAACUUUUACCCCAAAGAGAUCAAAGUGAGCUGGUUGAGAAACGGACAGCAAGUAAGCCCUGACAUCACUUCUACUGUAGAGUUUGCAAAUGCUGAUUGGCUCUACCAGACCCACUCCUACAUGGAGUACACACCCAGGUCUGGAGAGAAGAUCUCCUGUAUCGUGGAGCACUCCAGCCUGGAGGAACCUCUGGUUACUGACUGGGUCCCGUCCAUGUCUGAAUCCAAGAAACUAAUUAUCAUUGGAGCCUUUGGGCUGCUCCUGGGUCUGGUCUUUUUCCUGGCUGGAGUCAUCUACACAAGGAUGUGCAGCAGAGGACUGAUGCUGGUUCCCAGUAGCUGA